AUGGCCGGUUGGACGUUUCAUAUGGGCCGUGACCGUUUCGAUUCACGAAGGUCUCGCCGCGGUGCCGUGGCCAUUGUGGCUGCGUCUGUACUGGGUGGGGCAGGAUAUACGGCGAUGGUCCUUGUAGCAGUACUAUGUGUUCUCGUCUCGUUUUGCUUUCUUGUCGCCUUUGCAGCAGCGGUUGUUUGCAUGGGAUUUUUCGUGGAUGACUACCUCCGUCUUUUCAAUGCCAUUCCAAAUUUGCACAACCGGGCCAAGUUGGGCACUCAAGGCAUGAACUACUCACUUCAUGAUACUUUUUAUAACUGCAAAAAUGGCCAUCAGUUUUUCGACGCACUCAACGGGUCCCAUAUAAUUGCCGCUUCAGAAGUCAAAAAGGAAUUCCAGCUCCUACAACGAGGAGAGGACCUUGCCCUUGAACUACUGGAGAAUGACGUGUCUCCUAGUCAUAUUAAAGAGACAAUGAAACCAUAUCUCAACGAAUUACGAGUAAGUUUGUACAAUGUUCUUAGCGCUAGCGCUGGCCCAGAUUAUGCUCACAACCUUGAGCGGUGA